AUGUCGUCUGUUAGACCUGAAUUAAAGUUCAGCGAUGUUUCAGAGGAGCGUGGAUUUUACAGGCGUUUUUUUAAACUGCCCAAAAAGGUUUCAAAAGUGAUGAGAAUUGUUGAUAGAGGAGAAUACUAUACAAUUAUUGGUCAAGAUGCAGUGUUUGUUGCGGAAAAUAUAUAUCAUACGACAUCAGCAUUGAAAGAUUUCAGAGUGGAUUCGACACUGGCUCAACAGGUUGAUGAACCUUUGAAAUAUAUCACUAUUUCCCCUCAAGUUAUUUCAGCAUUGCUAAAAACAUGUUUGUUGGAGCAGGGCUUUAAGAUCGAAAUUUAUGAUAAAAGUUGGAAAUUAUUGAAAUCUGCGUCUCCUGGUAAUAUUGAUCAGGUUGAGGACUUGAUGAGUAUUUCUUUGGAGUCUUCAAUUGUUCUGGCGGGGAUAAAAUUUCAACUUAAUGCUCAGGAAGGCCAUUGUGUGCUGGGUGUCUCCUUUGUGGACAGUAGUUCAUAUGAAAUUGGAAUGUUUGACAUUGUUGAUAAUGAGGUAUAUUCUAACCUUGAAAGCUUUUUAAUCCAGCUGGGUGUUAGGGAGUGCCUUCUUCCGGAUGUGAGAAACAACGAGUCAAUGAGUUCUGAACUUAGGAAAAUGAACACUGUAAUGGAUCGCUGUGGAUGCAUAGUUACUUUCUUGAAGAGUGGCGAAUUUACUAGUAAGGAUGUUGAAUCCGAUCUAGUAAAACUUUGCGGUGAUGAUUUAGCUAUGUCGCUACCCAAUUACUCCCAAUUGUCCCUGAGUGCAUGCAAUGCAUUACUUAGGUAUUUAGAGCUCCCUCAAGAUGUUUCAAAGGAGGGAAAAUACAAGCUGGUGAAACACUCACUAGCUCAAUUUAUGAAACUGGAUUCUUCUGCCAUAAAAGCGUUAAAUAUUUUUACCCAGGGCCCAAGUGCGGCGCCUAGUGUUAGUUCAACCACUGGGUAUGGUAAUGGAGGGAAGAUUACUAGCUUGGUGCAGCUGCUCAAUAAAUGUAAGACAAACGCGGGGGUUAGAUUGUUAAAUGAAUGGCUCAAACAACCCUUAUGUGACUAUACCGAAAUUCAAAAAAGACAUGACCUAGUUGAUUAUUUAGUAGAUCAAUUAGAGCUGAAGUCAAUGUUACGCGACGAUUAUUUACCGCUAGUGCCUGAUGUUCGUAGAUUAACUAAAAAGCUGAAUAAGAACGGUAACCUAGAAGACGUCCUAAAAAUUUAUCAGUUUGCCCAGAGGAUACCUGAAAUUAAUGGACUAUUGAAGGACAACCUACAAGAAUUACCUGAGCAAUCCCGUAUAAAAGAGCUAGUAACUCAGACUUGGCUCGAACCACUUGAAAAACACAUUCAGCCCCUGCAAAAGUUCCAGGAAAUGGUGGAAACGACGGUGGACUUGGAAGCAUAUGAGGAAACUAAUGAGUUCAUGAUCAAGGUUGAGUUUAACGAAGAAUUGGCUCGAAUCAGAUCUGCGUUAGUAGAUUUGAAAGAUAAGAUGAGAUCCAUUCAUUUGGAGACUGCCGAGGAUUUGGGUUUUGAACCUGAAAAGAAACUGAAGCUAGAGAAUCACCACGUGCAUGGUUGGUGCAUGAGAUUGACCCGCACAGAUGCAAAAGCUUUAAGACAACAUAAAAAAUAUGUUGAGCUUUCCACUGUAAAGGCCGGCAUCUACUUCAGCACUAAAGAGUUUAAACAAAUAGCUGAAGAGAUUGCAGAGCUACAGCAGGAAUAUGACAAACAGCAAUCCUCCCUGGUAAAAGAAAUCAUAACAAUUACAAUAUCUUAUACCCCUGUGCUAGAGAAGUUGUCAAUUGUUCUAGCUAAGCUAGACGUUUUGUGUUCGUUUGCACAUGUUUCUUCAUAUGCGCCAAUUCCAUAUGUCAGGCCAACCAUGUAUGAUAUAGAUGACCCAAAUAGGAAAACUAAGCUAAUUGAGUCCCGCCAUCCAUUGAUCGAAGUCCAAGAUGAUAUAACUUUUAUUGCUAACGAUAUAAUAAUGGAGCGUGGCGCUGGUGAGUUUUUAAUUAUAACUGGUCCAAAUAUGGGAGGUAAAUCGACUUAUAUCAGACAGGCAGGUGUUAUCUCCCUUAUGGCCCAAAUUGGUUGCUUUGUUCCUUGUACUUCAGCAGAGAUUGCAAUUGUCGAUGCUAUCCUUUGUCGUGUUGGCGCUGGUGAUUCUCAGCUGAAAGGUGUUUCUACAUUUAUGAUUGAGAUGUUGGAAACGGCUUCUAUAUUAAAGAACGCGACUUCCAAUUCUCUGAUUAUAGUGGAUGAACUUGGUCGUGGUACUAGUACAUAUGAUGGGUUUGGACUAGCUUGGUCAAUCUCAGAAUAUAUUGCAAAGGAGAUCAAAAGUUUCACAUUAUUUGCAACCCACUUCCAUGAAUUAACUACUCUGGCUGAAAAAUACUCUAAUGUUAAAAAUAUGCAUGUUAUAGCCCAUAUUGAAGAAGGCCCCCAAAAAUCAGACGACAUAACACUACUUUACAAGGUUGAGGAAGGUAUUUCUGAUCAGUCAUUUGGUAUUCAUGUCGCUGAGGCAGUUCAUUUUCCCCAGAAAAUUGUGAAAAUGGCUAAGCGUAAAGCAACCGAACUAGAUGAACUACAGAGAGAUAGUGAGGCCUUAAAGAAGCUGAAAUGCUCUCCUGAACAAAUUGCACAGGGCACCGAGGCACUCACCUCAUUACUUAAAAAGUGGGUUGCCGAAUUGCGUUUACAAGGCCUGGAUAGGAAGCUGUCUGACGCUAAAGUCCAAGAAGAUAUAGUUAAACAACUGAGAGAGCUUCUUAAUGAACCAAACGAACUAAGUGGACUUGCAGAUGAAUUUAAAGAAUGGAUUGUUGACUUACUAUUAUAA